UGGGUAAUGGGACUCUCUCUCCCGUAGUUCUGAGAACUUUCACCCAUGCCAAACACUUGAUGUCUUCUGAACUGCGCAAUUCCAUAGCGCUACAUGUGCAUGCCCACCGUCCCCUACAAUAUUUCUGACUGAAAUUUGUUCAACUUCAGGCAAUUCUCACAGGAGUUAAUUCUACAGAUAUUCAGAACCACACACAAAAAUAGCUAAAGCAUGGAAGGAUCUUGGGAUAUUGUCAGUGGCCUUCCCUUUCCUCUCAUUGGUUUGGUUUUGGCUUUCACUUUAUACGUUCUAGUGUCUGCAAGGAGUAAUGAAAAGGCUACUACAGUGCCUUCGUACCCAAUAGUGGGCUCAUUUUUUUCCUUCUGGAAGAACAGAAGACGGCUGCCGGAUUGGUUUACAGAGCAACUGAGCAAGGCUCCUUCCCAAACUAUCACGAUUGAGCGUCCGGGAACGAGAAAGGUUAUUGCCACCGCCAAUCCGGCCAACAUAGAGCAUUUGCUGAAAACCCGAUUUGAAAAUUAUCCCAAAGGCGACUUCUUCUCAAGCAUCUUGCACGAUUUACUCGGCACAGGGAUCAUUAAUGUGGACGGCGAACACUGGAAAUUGCAGAGAAAGGUCGCCUCUUUCGAGUUCAACACGAGGUCGUUGCGAGAUUUCAUAACAGAGGUCGUGCAGGGGGAAAUUACCCAUCGCCUUCUGCCGCUGCUCAGAAAAGCCUCUGGAGAAGAGGGAACUCGGCUGGAUAUUCAGGAUGUGUUGACGAGAUUUGCCUUUGAUAAUAUCUGUAAAGUGGCCUUCGGCACAGACCCUGCUUGCCUUGAUAUUUCGCUUCCUGUUUCCCAGUUUGCAGACGCCUUUGAUCUCGCUACGCAUUUGAGUUACCAGCGCUUCGCGGCUCCCCUGCAGAUCCUGUGGAAAGUAAAGCGUGUGCUAAAUGUGGGUACCGAGAAGCGCUUAAGCCAAGCAAUCCGGACCAUACGCGAGUUUGCACAGAAGGUUAUCCAGACAAGGAAGGCAGAAAUUUCCCUCUCCUCCGGGCCAACGCAUCAGGAUCUCUUGUCCAGAUUUCUAUCACUCGACCGGAGCGCUACCGGUGUCGAAGACCAGGGUUCAUAUAAUGAUUUUCUGAGAGAUAUUGUGAUAAGCUUUAUCUUGGCGGGCAAAGACACGUCCUCUGCUGCCCUUACAUGGUUUUUCUGGCUGUUGUCUUGUCAUCCUGAGGUCGAACAGCGUAUAAAUCUGGAGAUAGCGAGUGUUAUAGCUGCAAGAGGAGCAGGGAAACAGGAGGCGGAAACGGUUUUCUCUUUUGAGGAAUUGAAAAAUAUGAAGUAUCUGCACGCCUCUAUCUGUGAAACCAUGCGACUGUAUCCGCCUGUUCCGUCUGAUGCAAAAGAGGCCUUGCAAGAUGAUGUCCUGCCUGACGGGACAGUGGUGGGCAAGGGGGUGCGAGUGGUUUACCACCCUUACGCUAUGGGAAGGAUGGAGAGCAUUUGGGGCACCGACUGUUUGGAAUUCAAGCCGGAGAGAUGGCUGAAGCAGGAUGAAAAUGGAUCACUUUUAGUUGUGACGGAGAAUGUUUUCAAAUACCCAGUGUUCCAGGCCGGGCCGCGAAUAUGCUUAGGGAAGGAAAUGGCGUUUAUUUAGAUGAAAUCCAUCGCUGCCAGUGUGCUGAGAGAGUUUAAAUUCAAGGUUGAUCCUGAUUUCAAACCCAAGUUCGUUGCCACACUGACUGCAAAAAUGGAGAUAGGCCUUCCUGUACGUGUUGAGAAACGGGAACAUCUGAAAGGCGUUUGAAACCCUAGCUCUGGCUUUCAUUUGCCAAGUGUUUUUCGCAAGUUCAUUGUAUCGUAUAUAUGUAGUAGUCUGAUUCCACUUAUUAAAGUCUUUGAAUUGCUAUGGUUAAUAUUCCAUUCAACAUUAGUUCA